UCACACACUUGGCUCGAUCUAGCUUUCUCGCUCACCACAUCCGGAUAUCUCUCCUGUGCCAGCCACCGUGAGACGAAAUCAGUCCCUUCACUACGCAAUAUCUGCAUCGUGGGCCUUUAUCACGCUUCUGGAAACAUGCCGGGCCAACCGGAGGGUUCCACCUCUACGUUCAAAGCAGCUACUAGUGCCACAUCUACAUCGACCUCAUCUGCACCAAAGAAAAACCCGAAUCGCAAAUUCUUCCACAACAUCCAGCCUUCUUUUGCAGUCUCGCAGCCCAGCACCCAGCGAAUCAGAUUCUUGGAUAAUGCGGACCCCAAGAAGAAUAUUGUCGUCAGGAAAAACGCACGGGAAUGGGUACAUCGUAAUAAACAGGUGCAUGUGCUGGAUGUCAGGACCAAGCGGCCAGACAACAACGCACAGAGCAAACGUGAAGUGGACAAGAUCUUGGAGCCAAGAAAGAAGAGCCAGGGCUUAUGGCGGAUCGUGACGGUAUCAGAUCCAUUGUUGGAUGUUGCAGCUAGUAAACCAGACCCUUUUGAUGUUUUCCCCGCGGUAGGAAGGAAGAUCGAUCACAUAAUCGAGUAUUUUCUCACAUCAUGUCCUGAAGAGAUACCCUGUUCAGAUGAUAAAUAUGCAUGGAGGCCGCAGGCACCGCACCUACAGCUAUCCAGGGAGAAUACCGUGCUGGGAAAUAUGGCCGAGGAAUACGUAUCAUUCGUGCUUUGGCUCUACGCAACCACUAUGAUCCGAGACGGCACUGUGGGCACUUCCAUAACGGAGGAGACUAUGUACUACUAUAGGCUGUCUCUCGAGGCUAUACAGAAAGCUCUGAAUAACACCGAUGCGGGAUUCGGAGACCCUCUCAUAUGCGCACUGGGCUGCUUCACGGCUUGUGCAGUUUUUGGCGGAAUGUUCGAAGCAGCUCAGAUGCAUUGCGAUGCAUUAUGCAAGACCAUCACUUUACGAGGCAAAGGCGACAUGGCGAAGGGAUUCUUAGCAUGCAACUCAUUCACUCGCAAAGCAUCGCAGUGGUGCGAGUUUGGAGUUGCAGCUUACAACCGGGCUGUACCCAGACUCCCAUAUCUACCGCCCGCGGAGAAUACAUCGUUACCAUACGAUAUGGUAGUUCAGUCUGACCGGUUGGCAAACAUGACUUUUGCGAAUAUUCCUCUCGUCUCGUUGCCCAUGCAGAAUGUGGUUCGUAUGCUACACCAAUUGGCAAUAACGCAAGCGCAGCACCAUGUCAUCAAGCAGAAAGCUCUCGGUCGAGCAAAGACUGAUUCUGUAUCUUUACGAUUGCUUUAUGACGCCGAGUACAUCCUGCUUCAGAUGCUGUCUUCUCAGAGUACUCCCGACCACACCUUCUCGCCUGUCGACGUUAUGCUAACAGAAGCUUGUCAAUUGUUCAUCUGGCUCGGACCGAGAGAUCUGCCGUACGAAAUGAAACUAUGCAAUCGCUUUGUGCUUCACCUCAAAGACGCACUUGUACAAGUUCUCCGAAGUGCGGAUAGUCCGGAGGCAACGACGAUGAACAGUACUACUACCCCGGUUGGGCAGAGUCUACCGACUCCCGGCAUUGUCUCUGCGUCUUAUGCCAUACGACCUUUGAGGGCUCGACAAAAUGCGAUCUUAUGGGCGUUGUAUCUUGGUACAAUCACAUCUGGUGUAGGUCCGAGACCAGAGUAUGAAUGGUACUCGAGGAAUUUCCGUGCACAUACGCAAGCAAUGGGAUUGAAGACAUUGCAAGAUGUGGAUAGACAGCUCAAGCUAUUCCCGUCAGCAGCACAUUACCGUUGGAGCGAUAUUCGAAAACUGGAACCUCUUAUUGGUCAGUAG